UUGGUGUAUUCAUGUGAGUGUAUGGAUUCGUACGGCGGUUUUAGCGAUGCCAAUCGCAUGUAAACUUUUCAUCAAUAUAAUGAGCACAUGGAAAUUGUUACAGCGUCGAUGUUACGAUCUACUUUCGUACAAAUAUUCACUAGUGGUGAUAUUGAUGGCAUUUACUUGUGUAUUUAUCGGUAUCAUUCAUUUCGGAGAGAUAUGGGUAGCUUGGAGUAAAGAAAAAUACGAAGCUGUAUUUCAUUCUUUUAAUGAUAAUAUAUUAGGUAUCUCUUUUCAAAAGAAACUAUGUCAACAUGUCCCAAUAGAUGUUGUAUAUACUUGGGUUAAUGGCUCUGAUCCAAUUUUUGUAAAAAACUUAAAAGAACAUGUUCCUAUUAUGGAUGUUAACACAGCAGCAUCUAGGUACAGUGACAAAGAUGAAUUAAGAUAUUCAUUGCGUUCGUUAGAAAUGUAUGCACCAUGGGUUAGACAUGUGUAUAUAGUUACCAAUGGUCAAAUACCGAGUUGGUUGGAUAUGGAUAAUCCUAGAGUUACUCUUAUUACUCAUGAAGACAUUUUUAUAAAUAAAAGUGAUCUUCCAACAUUUUCUAGUCCUGCUAUUGAAAGUCAUAUUCAUAGAAUUCCUGGAAUUUCAGAUAAGUUUUUAUAUUUUAAUGAUGAUGUAAUGUUAGGAGCCGAAGCAUGGCCAGAAGAUUUCAUUACUCAAGCGGGUGGCCAAAAAGUGUAUCUUGCAUGGUGGGUUCCUGAUUGUUCUGAUGUUUGUCCUUGGGCUUGGGUGGGUGAUGGAUCUUGUGAUCCUGCUUGUAAUACAACAUUAUGUGAAUUUGAUGGGGGAGAUUGUGAUAGUACACCAGUUCCUACAGAUAGUGAAGCACUCGAUGAAGAAGAUUAUCCACAAAAGUUUUUACAAGAUGCUCAAGAGAAUACUAAUUAUGGAUUAAAAUUCUUAGAUGCAUUAAAAAAUAAAAGCAAAUCUCUAUGGAAAAAUACGGAAACGUUUACCCAACAAAUAUUGCCGAAUGAAUCUACGCACUUGUUGCUCAAUGUAAAUAAUUCUCAUGAUUUUAAAAUUGAUAAAUAUAUAGAUCAUGUUGAAAAGCUUUCUAAUGAACGCGAAAAUAAUCAAAUCGCGUCUACUCAAAGAUCGAUAUUAUCGAAAAUGAUACGUAAGAUGAAAUUUCAUAAUUCAAAUUAUACCGAAAGACGCAUGCAACUAAAACGUUAUUUAAACAAUGAUAACAUAAAUUUACCACAAAUUAGCAGUACUAUCAAGACUAAUAAUAAACCCAAUUAUUCCGAUCAAUGGAAGCUUAGAACUAGACAACUCGAUACAUACGCUGAAUCUUUAUUGUAUGUGAACAGAAUAUAUAACACGGCAUACGGAUUCGAACGUAGAAGAGUACCUGCUCAUAUGCCACAUUUAAUAGAUAAAUGGAUCGCAUCUGACAUGCACAAAAAGUUUGAAUACGAAUUUAAAAAAACGUCUAGUCACAAAGUUAGAAACUCAGAAGAUAUGCAGUUUGCAUUUUCUUAUUUUUAUUUCUUGGCGAGCGAGAAGAGAAAAGUGCCAACGGAAGAGAUAUUCGAUACAUUCGACACGGACAAGUCCGGGACUUGGUCAGAUAGAGAAAUUAGAACACUUUUGUCCAGAUUAUAUCCACUACCUCUUGAUUAUAGUCUAGUUGUAGAAUUUGAAAACGCUAUAACAAACUGUUCGAAUCACGUAAAAAUGUCUAAAAUCUCAAAUCCACCACAGGGGGAAAGGUAUUUGGAUUCGUCUCUUCCAAUUGUAUCUAAAGAAUUAAUAACAAAAUGUGAAUCAAUCUCGAGCAAAAUUCAAUCUAGAUUCGGCGAAAAAAAAUUUUACCCACAUGAAAUAAUUAAAGCAGGAAAAAAUGAAAUAUUUGAAAUGUUGACAAGCAAUGUGUCUCUAACGGUUCAACUUUUAGAUGAGAUUCGCCGAGAUCCAAAAAAAUUCAUUUGUUUAAAUGACGACAUGGAUCCUCUUCGACGUUCCGAAAACGAAAUCGUUCGGGCAUUAUUGAACGAUUUUUAUCGCUCACUUUAUCCAUUGCGCAGCACAUUCGAAUUACCUUUACAAUACCGAAAUCUUUUCACUCAUCGACAUGAACUUUUCGAGUGGAGGGCUAAUCGUGCGAAAGCUCGAAACUUAUUAUUGUGUCUUAUCGUUUUACUUCUUCUUACGACAUUUUACCAUUUGUUUUACAAUCAAAUGCGGCGAGUAUUCAGAAUGCGAGCAUUGCCCACUCUCCUCAUUUAAAAAGAGACUAAAUCUGAAUGUAUGAAUAGACUUACGAAAAAUACAUCGUCAUCUAACGCGGUGAUGUAAGCUGGACAGCGUUUUCUAAAAAAUUAAUUGAUAAUCUGGUUGUGUAGGUAAAACUUUAUAGACAUCAUUUCCUUACAUAGCGUUACUAUAUUUAAAUAUUAUUCGUAUUUUAAUAUUUUUUCUGCUGUGUGGUUUUAGCAAUAACUUAUAUGAUAACAUAAUGUUUGACUAAGGUGAUUUUCAUAUUUUAUUUAUGUAAAAAGUAUGAAUCAUUGUGUUCUACUAACUUUUUGUUGGAUUUAAUAAGUAGAAUUAAAAUGACGGUAGCGUUUAAAUCAUGAAGUCUAAAUGUAGAUGUGAAAAUAGAAUUAUGAAGAAUAUAUCGUUAUCUUCCGCGAUAAUAUAGCAGGGCAGCGUUUAAAAAAUUUUGUAUAUAAAACUUUAUACGCAUCGUUUCUUUACAAAAUGUUACUAUUUUUACAAAUCAUAUGUAUGUAUUUUCUUUGUCAGUUGUCUAUAACGAUAUUAACAUGACUUUAAAUAACUAAU